UGUGGAGUCGCCGGUGUUCAUUAGGGAUCGUCAGACGGACUCUCAGGUUUCUUCCCUUUCCCAGCCAGCUACUGGGCAGCAAUCACAGCAGUUCGCCGCGGUCACCCAACAAACACAGCGGCUUGCUUUAACCACGACCCAAGGUCCGUCUUCACCUCAGGAAGAAGUCGGUCACUCUGCUUUGCCACGAACCUGAGUUCCCAAGAAAAACCGCCCUCGAUACUCGUUUAAACGACAAGAUCGGGCCAAAACGAAACGGCGAUCACCGCCAGCAAAGAUGAAACAAUACGUCUGGAAGCCUUUCAAGGAGCCUGAACCCAAGACUGAGAAACCGAAGCCAAAGCAAAAGCAAAAGCCUGCGCCAAAAUCGUUAUCAACUUUAACAGCGGAAACCUACAAGUUGAAAAUCACUAGGAUGUUGGCCUACCAGCACCCGGCGACCUCUCUGCACAUCGGCACUCUAUCCGCCAAUAUCGAGCAAGCUCUUCCCAGCCAAAACAGUCUCCAACACGAGGUGAAGUCUGUCCUCUUGGAUGCUGCAAAACGCCUGGUCGAAAAAGGACUUGAGGGACUGGAUGCUCAGGAUCGGACCUUUCUCGAUCUGAUAUGUCCGCGAGUCACCAUGAAGGAUGUCGAGAACAACGCCGAUGAUGCCGUGGAGGAAGACGAGGAUGGGAAUCAGAUUGCUGGCAUUGAGGUCGUCAAGUUCAUCAAGCGUCUUGAAGAACUUCAUCUGUACAAUCCGCCGCGGACUCGGGCUGAGAUCAACGAAAGAAUGCCGUUCACACCCACGGACCUAGUCCGAUCCGUAGUCGGACAGCUGAAGGCUGGGCUUAAACGAAUGUACAAGACUGGAACCUGCGAUCUCCACAAGAUGGUAAGACUUGAAGUGGCAUGUCAUCAAUACAGGUGUUCAUUGGCUCUAGAACGUGUUUAA